AUGAUCAAGAAAAUUCCUAAUUUUUGGUGUACUGCUUUUCUAAAUCAUCCUCAACUGUCGUCCAUAAUUGAUGAAAGCGAAGAGCAAGCAUUGACACAUCUCAGCAAUAUAGAGGUUGAUGAAUUCGACGAUAUAAAGAGUGGAUUCCGUUUGCGCUUCUUCUUCACUCCCAACGAAUUCUUCGAGAACGAGAAAAUCGAGAAGGAGUAUAAUCUUGGAGACACACCAUCAACCACAGGCACUACCAUACGAUGGAAGGAAGGAAAGAACUUGGGCAAGAAAGGCGACUCCUCCUCCCCGCUGUCGUUUUUCGAGUGGUUAUCAGAAAAUGUUGAUCCAGCGCACGAUGACAUAGCUGAGGUUAUCAAAGACGACAUGUGGCCGAAUCCGCUACAAUACUACCUCUUGCCAGAGAUGGAGGAAACGGGUGACGAUUUCGAAGAACUCAUUGAUGAUGAGGAGGGUCUGGAAGAAGUGGAUGACGAAGGCGGUUCAGAGGGUGAGGAGAACGAUGCCUAA